AUGGGUAAAUAUUAUUGUGAUUAUUGCGAUAUUUAUCUAACGCACGAUUCUAUGAACGCCCGUAAAGCCCACAACACGGGACGAAACCACGUAGCCAACGUUCGAGAUUAUUUCGCUGGAUUGAACCAUGAUAAAGCUCAGAAUAUAAUCGAUCAAAUUAUCAGUCAGCAUGAAUCGGGAGGUGGGAGACAGCAGAUGAUGAUGGCGCCCAGUAUGAGGCUGGGCGCGGGGUUCUUGAAUCCUAUGACUACGCAACAGGGAUACCCUCCCUCGUCACCAUCCCAACCACCAUUCCCACCAUCCACCGGCGCACCACCAUUCCGACCUCCUUUCCCACCUAACGGCAAUAUGCCACCCUUCGCACCCUCAGCCGGAUCAGGUACACCCCCUCCCUUCCGUCCUCCUCCUACAGGUAUGGGAGCAGGUGCACCACCUUUCCCACCUACCGGAGUGAACGGUUAUGGUGGUCCACCACCGACUAAUGGAAUGCCAUUUAGACCACCACCUGCAUCUAAUAGUCCUAAUGGGUUUGCUAGUCCGCCUGGAGCAGCUGCAGCUGCAGCCGCAGCUCCACCUUCGUUCACUCAGGCGAGUCAACCGCCCGCUGCGGCUGCGCCGGGGAUACAUCCUGAUAGAUUGAGAAUGAUGGGGAGUCGAUAA